AUGGUUAUCCAAAAUCAUAUUAUAAGACGUGAAAUAAAAGAAUCUAAUGUAAUAUAUAAACAAUUAGUAAAUUCUUCUCGUGAUAAAUCUCCAACAAGAAAUAAGGUGAAAAAAAUCUAUUUAACAUUCUCAUAUUAUGGUCACGAGUCUAUUAUACUAGAAAAUAAAAUACAAAUUCUAUGUAAAAACCUUUUACCAAAUAUAACAAUUAAUAUAGCAUAUAAAAAAUAUAUGACUCUUCGUAAUAUCUUUCUUCCAAUACAAAAAGGAAUAGGUGAAACAAGAAAGAAUAAAAAAUUGGUAUAUAUCAUAGACUGUAAAAACUGUGAUAAAAAAUAUAUUGGAGAAACUAAUCGAAACAUACAAACACGAAUGAAAGAACACCGUUAUGAUAUUCGAAAAAAUAAAAUAACUUCGCAAAUUGCUCAAGAUUGUAAUACUAAUAAACAUAUGAUGGACAUUGAUAAUGUUAAAACAUUAACACUUGAAUCAAUGUGGAAACGUAGAAUAAUAAAAGGAAGCAUAUACACACAUUAUACACAAGAUAAAGCAAUAAAUGAAGUAAAAUAUAAACUUAAAUUAAUCUAUUAA